UCUAAUUGAACUGACGUUCCAUAAAAAGUAUGGUGUAUAUUGUAAAAAUACAGGUGUGAGCCAUUACGUAUUAUUGGAGAUAAAUGGUUGAGAAAUAGUAACAAAAUGGCCACGAAUAAAAAGGCCGGUUUUACAACGACUGAUUUCGAAGUGUUUGGAAAGGUUCAGGGUGUUUAUUUUCGGAAGCACACUCAAAAGAGAGCCACGGAACUCGGUCUGAAAGGAUGGGUGAUGAAUACAGCUCAAGGCACUGUCUUUGGACAAUUGCAAGGCCAGCAGGAUGCGAUUGAAGAUAUGAAGUUAUGGCUGCAGAAUGUAGGGAGCCCUAAGUGCAAAAUCGAAAAAGCAGCUUUUAGAAACGAGGGACCUGUAAGCAGUUGCGCUUUUAGGACCUUCGAAAUUCGACGUUAA